UCUUGCGCUUCACUGUUUUCCUUAUCAAAGUGAUUCCAGUCACGCAAUCAUCGCUGUUAUGAUGGAUUAUCAGUGUCACUCAGGUACUCGUGCCUAUCUCUAGUAGACAGGGUUCAGGCACUGUGCUAUAUUCAGUAUGCUAGUGUUUCUUUUUAAACAUAGCCAGUCAUUUGUUUGGCAAAUCCGCUUGGUGAAUUGCAGAAAUGGCGCACAGCAGUUUUAAGAUGUUUGUAGCAAAGCCUUUCUUGCAAAGGCAUGUCUUUUUUUUUCUUUUGGUCUUUGAGUGGAGGAUUUUGUUGCUUUGCUUCUCUAAGUGUCAGUGUGAAAACGGGCAACGUGAGCCACUCACAGUCCUAAGAGCUUGUUUACCUGCUCACUUAAUCCUCUGGGCUAAUCUGAAUUCAGGAUUUAGGGCGCUGCGGUGCGCCGUGCGUGCUCUGGCACGCUGGGCUAGAAACCGUGCCAGCGGCGAGCGCUAAACGUCUCUCUCUGAACAGGUGUCGGUUCUGCCUUGGAGAGUGGAAGAGGCCGCGCUGGGACCAAACUCUUCCAGGAUUUCCAGAUGCUCAGCAGAAUCUGGACCCAUCCGUGGUGCCUCCAGCUGGACUAUAUCAGUAAAGAAAACAAGGGAUACUUCGACGAGGACAGUAUGGAGGAGUUCAUCGCCUCAGAGACAGAGGAGUCCUCCAUGAGUUUGACCUCUGAAGAUGAGAAGCCCAAAAGAAAGAAGAAACGAGGCAAAGGGAAAGAGCAGAGCUCAGACAAGUCCGACAGCGAUGACCUGGAAGUGAUUAAGGAGUGGAACACCAGCUCUCGUGGAGGAAACCCUGAGGGGCGCAACAGAGCAGAGCCUGUGGAAGAGGUUCGGGCGUCAAACUCAGGUCCUGGCAGCCCAUCCCCUGACUGGUACAAAGAGUUUGUGACCGAGACAGAUUCUGAGGUGCUGGAGCAUUCUGGGAAAAUUGUGCUGCUUUUUGAGAUCCUCCGCAUGGCUGAAGAAUUGGAAGAAAAAGUGUUGGUGUUCAGCCAGUCUCUCAUUUCUCUGGACCUCAUUGAAGAUUUCCUGGAGUUGGCAGGCAGAGCCAAAGAGGAAGGCAAGCUUUCGCCGUACAAAGGUGAGGGCAAGUGGUUCAGAAACAUUGACUACUAUCGUCUAGAUGGUUCAACGAGCGCCAUGACCAGGAAGAAAUGGGCAGAGGAGUUCAAUGACACCAGUAAUGUUCGGGGGCGAUUGUUCAUCAUCUCAACCAGAGCUGGCUCUCUUGGGAUCAACUUGGUAGCUGCAAACAGGGUCAUAAUUUUCGACGCCUCAUGGAACCCAUCCUACGACAUUCAGAGUAUAUUCAGAGUCUAUCGCUUUGGCCAAGUGAAGACCGUGUUUGUCUACAGGUUUUUGGCUCAGGGAACCAUGGAGGAGAAGAUCUAUGACCGACAGAUCGCCAAACAGUCGCUGUCCUUCAGAGUUGUGGACCAGCAGCAGAUUGAGCGUCAUUUUACCAUGAACGAACUGACGGAGCUGUACGCAUUUGAGCCCGACCAGCUGGACGAUCCUUCGGAGAAGAAGAGCAAGCGGGCCACACCCAUGCUGCCCAAGGAUCCUUUCCUGGCAGAACUCCUUCACAGUUACAAAGAUCAUAUCGUCGGCUACCACGAGCAUGACUCUUUGCUGGACCACAAGGAGGAAGAGGCACUGAGUGAGGAAGAUCGCAAGGCAGCCUGGGCCGAAUAUGAAGCCGAAAAGAAGGGUCUGUCCAUGCAUUUGAACCAGCCGUCCUAUUCUCAAAUGGCCGUGGGAGCAGGAGCAAACUCUUACUUCCCCUUCAACAUGGCUGCCUUGGCCUCCAUGAGCAACCAACAGUUGGAGGAUUUGAUUUACCAGGGCAGGCAGAAAGUGAUGGAAGCCGCUAACGCUCUGAAGUCAGUGCCCAGGGAACCAAUGGAGGACAUCAUCGCGCAGGUGUGGAAGGAGAAUCCGAGUUUACCCGAGGCCCAGGUUCAAUCCAUGGCUCUUGGGAGGCAGGCCGGCUACGAGCUGGAAAUCAAACACAGGGAGGCUGUUUACCGUGAUGUCCUCGGCAAGCAACAAACUCUGAUGAUGUACGUGCAGAAGGUGAUCGCCAACCGUAAGGUGCAGGAGCAGCAGCUGGCCAUGGCGAGGCAGGGUCUGCUGCUCAAUCAGCUGGCCAUGCAGAACGGUCUUGGGGCCCCUAUGAAUCAGAUGGAUCUGCUGGGGUUGUACCAGCAGCUCGGGGCGCUCCAGGGCCUCCCCUCCGCACAGCUGGGCAAGAACCCGGGCCCGUCUAAGGGCCUGUAGAUGCCUCCGCCCCUCGGUGUACACACAGCUGGACUGAUACAGCCAGGACACCUACUUGAGCUCCUCGGUAACGAGAGGGGAUCCUGGGACUUUCUUAAAGGGGUUUUUGGCAGUGCAGUUUGUCAUUUUGUGUGUAUAUAGCCUUAAUGUUGUUCAAUUUUUUUUUUUUUUCCCUCUCUCACGUAUUUAAGAUUGAAGAAGAUAUUAUCCCCAAAUGCUUUUAGGCAUUGCAGGUUUCUUUCCCCUUAAAUAAGGGACGUGCAUAUAUAAAUAAUUAUAUUGCAAUGAAAACAGCGUGACUGAGGAGGGACCAUAGCGUUUCUGUUCUAAAGCCCCCGUAAAUACUAUCUACGCUAAUAUCUUCCUAGUAGUGGAUUGUCAUUGGUACUUUGCUAGCCAGUGCUCCAGAGACACUGCAGCGGACACCUUAAAUGUAUCGUCAAGUCAAAUGGCCUUAUAUCAAGCAGCUAGAUCUCUUCUAAUGUUUUAAAACCCCUUUUUCUAAUCUGCUUUUAGGUAUUUAAACUCGUUGUUGCUAAUCAUGCUAUGGAAUGUCUGUGUUGUUAAAACUGCUUGCUGAAUUCCUCCGGACUUUUGUAACAUCAGACUUCUCGUUGUAGUGUUGCCUAGCAUAUUGUUGUGAGUACUGUUCAUAAUUUCUUUUUCUGUUUAUUUUUCUGUUUCUUUUCCCCACUUGCAUUGGGAUUGCGCCUGAGUUGGCGUGUGGCG